UACUAAUAACAUUCCUCAUAAUGUUAGUGGGAAUAUCUCAUGGAUUUAAACAAGGGUCGUUUAAGAGAACUAGAAAUAUAACUUCGACUACAUGGGAUUCUAAAACUAUACUUAAGAGGAAAGCAGACUCCAACAUGCUAUGUACAGCAUAUUGUCUCAAUGAAGUGGACUGUAACUCCAUCUAUUAUGACAAAACAAGCCAGGAUUGCUCACUAGCAAAUUUGUCUAAUCUUGAAGCUACUCCUAAGGAUAGUCUAGAGGUGUUUGUUGCUACAGAUGUGAUCAACAAUAUUCCAUUAAACUAUUGUUAUCCUGCAAAGCCUUGUGGUGGAGUGGAUUCUGAAUGCAAUAUCAGUGAGGAAUGUGAAGAAGGCCUGAUCUGUUCUACCAAUACUGCAGGCUUUUCCAGUUGUCAGGUAUGA